AUGGAUUACACGAUUCCGGAGCUGCUGCUGCUAUUGCCCACUGUUGCGAUUGAUGAGCAGUAUGUGCAAAAUAAUUCUCUCACACUUUCUGUAACCGAUGCGGUGGCUGCUGCUGAAGCCUAUUACAAACUUAUUAAUGAAUAUCUACAGCAGCGAGAAGAGGAACUGAAUCUCGAAAAAGAUAUUCUUCCUGCAGUGGAAUUCGCACUUCGUCUCUUUAAUGCGGAGAAUUUCAGUGGAGAGUUGGUGCCGACGGAGCGUGAACAGUUGGCGUCUGUACUGGAGCGGUAUACAAUGAAGGAUGAACUGCAUGAACGGUAUGUGCAGCGACUACUCAUGAGUGAUGGGGAAAUGCCGCAUCCAUGUAUGCGAUUGGGUGGACUUUUACUAACGCUUCUGGCAAUUGUAAAUAGCACCAAAAAGGAUACAAGUACUACUACUAAUAAUAAUAAUAAUAAUAAUAAUAAUAAUAAUAAUAAUAAUAAUAAUAAUAAUAAUAAUAAUGAGAAUGAGAAGGAAAAGAGUGUAUCUUGGUUGGUACCAUAUGAUUGUAUUUGGCGUUUACGUGUUCACAUGCGGCAUCAACGUGUACUGCAGCACCGUGCACACUCCAUCUAUCAACAUCUCACUCACUGUGUAGAUGCCACACUGGCACUACCAGAGUCUCAACUCACUGUGGAACAAUUACUGGAGGUUGGACAUGUUCAUAACUACUAUCACCGUCGUGAUCUCGCAGCAGAAAUCUUCUGGCGGGCCGCACGAAAGACGGGUCUCUCUGUGCAAGAAGAUGCUAUGCUUGGUGUACGCACUCGCUGGCAACAACAUCAAAUUGUUCAAAUGGUACUAAAUGCCCGUAGUGCCACUCCUUUUACUGCUCCUACUACUAUGUCUACUACUACUACUACUACUACUACUACUAAUAGUAAUGGUGAUAAUGAGAAGGAAUCCGUUGUGGAUACUCCACGUGUGUGUAUGGGUGAGAUUGAUGGACAUGAUCUUUUUGAUCGUCCCCGUCCUACUGCUGACACACCAGCACCAACACUUGAGCCACUCCAUCCACUCGAUAAAGCCAUUCUACUCGCACUCUGUGUAGAUAUCCGCAAUACCAAUCCACAUCAUGGUCUCACACAACAUCAUAUGCAGACAUAUGUGGAGCGACUGCUCGCUGAUCCAGCACAGGCUCCAUUUAUGAUUCAGUGUCAGUCAUUACUGUUAAGAUGUCGGUUAGAGCGGCGACGUAAUCGUGUUCAGGAACGUGCAUUCAUGCAACUCACAGAACUUGUGGAUCAACACGCAGCGGGGCGUGACCCAACACGAGCGACAUUUCACCGUACGGCCGGAUCUUAUAUCUACGUUGUGGCCUAUCCUACCAUUUGGGAACUGCGUAGUGAGUUUGCUGGUGUGUGUUAUGACAACAAUCUAUACAAGACGGCCCUUGAUGCCUAUGAGCGUGUGCAGGACUGGCCGCGUAUUAUUGAUUGCUGUAAAGUAUUGGACAAGCGACGACGUGCGGAGUCUUUGGCGCGUGAGUUGCUCGUCUCGGAUCCCUGCAAUCCACUACUUUGGGUGGCCCUUGGUGAGGCCACGCGGGAUGCGGAUGCGCUUUGGCAUGCGUUUGAGUUGUCCCAUCGAGCCUCCGCGGCGCCGCUGCGGGCCCUGGCGCGAUUGGCACUGGAGCGGGAGGCGUAUGAAGACGUCGUCUCCCACUUUGAUGCGGCGCUGCGGCUGAACCCCGUCUUUGGCGGCGAUUGGUUCACCCUCGGCUACGCGGCGAUGCGGCUGGAGAUGUGGCAGCGCAGCGGCGAGGCCUUCACGCGGGUCUGUCAAAUGCAGCCGGAGGAUGCGUACGCGUGGAAUAAUUUAGCGUCUGUCCUGCUGCGCGGUGGAUCCCUGCGGCCGGCGUUUAAUGCGAUGAGUCAGGCGCUGCACAACAACCGACGUGAUUGGCGAAUGUGGCAGAAUUACUUUUCGAUUGGAUGUGAGUUGAAGGAGGUGACGGAGACCACACAUGCCUUGAAUGUCUUGUUGGAUAUUGCCAAGCGGAAUACACGACUGGAGCGCGCCUCACUGAAUCGCUUUGUCGAUAAUGCUAUUGCCUACAUGGAGGGAAAAAUACCCGCCAGCCGUGCAGGAUUAGAAGAAGAGGAAGAAGAAAAGAAAAAGAAAGAAGAGAAUGAUGAUGAUGCUGCUGCGAUGAUGCCCACACACACCUCCGUUGCCCUCACAGAUAAUAUGGAUGAGGAGGAAUUGGAGAUGUUGGAGAAAAUGGAUGCUUUGGUUCCUUUUGGUAGUGAUGUGGAGAUGCCAGAGUCUUUCUUUGCAUCUAAAGAUGUAAACAGUGAAGAAACGGCACGUGUAAAGGCAGGAAUUGUGGAACGAUAUAAACAACGAAUGCGUGAGACCUUUCGACACAUUACAGAUCUCUUUGUAACAGAUCCAGAUAUUUACGCCUGUGGGGCUAAACUACAUCGAUACAUGGAUGGACCAUUCGCUGGGUAUGAAAUGCGAUUAAAGGAAUUACGUUGUUGUCAACAAAAAGAUCAAUGGGAACGAGACGCAACACGCUUUGCACGUACAUGUGAAUGUCUGCACAGUAUGGUAGAAGAUGUCAUGGCCGCCUUUCACGAUGUAAACUCAACUACUAGCUCAGAUGCUACUUCUACUACUACUACUACUACUACUACUACUACUACUAAUGAGAAUGCAUCCCAGCAGGAAGUUGCGGAGGUAACGCUGGCAGAAAAGCAGAAACGCAUCAUUGUGGCUCUGCACGACACGUUAAAUAAUAUCACAGCAGUUGUGGAUGCAGCGGAGGAACACAUGAGUGAAUCCGACGAAUAUAAACAACUGAAGAAAGUAUUGUUACCUCAAGUACGGGAAGGGCUGCGUAACGCCAAGUUGGCGUUUCAUUCAGACUAG